AGGGCCUGGGGAUGAGCCACGGGGAAUUUGGGGAACCACAUGGCUCGCAGGCCCCCGGCCCCCGUAUAAGGGCCCGAACCCACGGCCUGGCCUUCCUCAGUCCCGGGAGCUCAGCGCCACCACAGCCGCAGCCAUGAAGUGCCUCCCGCUCGCCCUGGGCCUGGCCCUCGUGUGUGGCCUCCAGGCCGCCACCGUCCUCCCGACCAUGGACGGCCUAGACCUGCAGAAGGUGGCUGGGACAUGGCACUCCAUGGCCAUGGCGGCCAGCGACAUCUCCCUCCUGGACUCGGAGACCGCCCCUCUGAGAGUGUACGUCCAGGAGCUGAGACCCACGCCCCGGGACAACCUGGAGAUCAUUCUGCGCAAAUGGGAGCAGGGCAGGUGUGUGCAGAAGAAGGUCUGGGCAGAAAAAACCGAGCUCCCUGCUGAGUUCAAGAUCGGCUAUCUGGAUGAGAACGAGCUCAUCGUGCUGGACACCGACUACGAGAACUACCUGUUCUUCUGCCUGGAGAACACCGACGCCCCCGGGCAGAACCUCGUGUGCCAGUGCCUGACCAGGACCCUGAAGGCCGACAGCGAGGUCAUGGAGAAAUUCGACAGAGCCCUCCAGACUCUGCCCGUGCACGUCCGGAUCAUCCUGGACCUGACCCAGGUGGCAGGUGACCGCCUCCACACCCCGCGUCCCUGCUCUCACCCUGCGUGCGGCUCACCCGUCGGACAGCCAUGAGCCCGGGGCGCGUCCGUCUCCCAC